GGAAAGAGCUGAGCUGGUCAGUCAGGGACCUCAUUCAAGGCCUAUGUCCUCAUAAGUACUGAAGCUGACCCAGGCACCCCUGGGCUGAGAGGCUGGCCUCGGCUGUGCGAGGACUGCUAGGGAAGGAGCCCGUGUCCUUUCUGGGGAUCCGAGGGUCUGGAAAGGUCCUCCCUGGAGUACAAGGCAGAGAAGGGUCCUGACUGCUCCUGAGUGGAAAUGUUAGGGACCCCAGAGAAAGGCCCAUCUCAGCCUAGGUAAGGGGCUGGUGACCCAGAGAGUUAGGCCUCCAGGAGUGAUCGUGCUCGGAGUGCGGAGAAAUUAUGUUCAACCUCAGGGACCAGAUGAUGGGGAGAGGCUUUUGAGGGACCUCACAGAGCUGAGUCCACAAUGCGCAGGCACGAGGACAAAGAUGCUGAGCUGGACCGCAGGAUAGCUGCCCUGCGCAAGAAGAACCAGGCCUUACUGCUCAGGUACCAGGAGAUCGAGGAAGAUCGUCGCCAGGCAGAGCAGGGGGGCAUGGCUGUGACCACACCAGGGCUCUUCCAACCUGACAGCCUCACAGUGACCAUCAGCCAGGUUCCUGGUGAGAAGAGGGUGGUCAGCAGGAACUGGGCCAGGGUGCCCCCUGGAAGGAUUGAUGCGCUGACAGAUGACGAUGCUGCCGUCUCGACGGGCACUUUCUGCAUGGGGAACCGGGUGGAACUAGCUGUCACCAUGGAAAACAAAGCCAGGGCCAAACGGAUCGUGAGUGAAAAACCCACCACCCAAGCAAGGACCCCAAGGGCGAAGGGGACAUCUGGAGGAGUCCAGGGCCAGACCUCUCCCCUGCAGAUGGGUUUCAGCCCAGAUUCAGCAGGGAAGGGCGGUCUGGAGCCCCGGAGUCCAGGCGUGUCCCCAGGCCCACCUCCCCAACAGCCUGUGGGACUGCCCCCAGAGGCCAACUGGGACUACAAGCACUGGAAGCAAGAGCGAGAGCAGAUUGACCUGGCCCGUCUUACCCGGCACAAAAAUGCACAGGGUGACUGGAGCCGCCCGUGGGACCUGGAUAAAGCCAAGUCCAUGCCACAGAACUGCAGCAAGCCUAGAGAUAAGGACUGGACCCCAGGCAGAAAGGGUCCUAGGACCCACCAGAAGCUACAGCCCCCACCACCAUCCAUGGAUGGAAAGCGUCGGGGUGAACAAUCUGGAAGACCCUCGGUGACACCCACCAUAGGCAGCAAAGCCCAGGGGAAGGAGAGGCUGACCGGCAGAGCCCGAAGGUGUGGCCUGAAAGAAGAUGAGAAGCUGCAGAGCCAGGAGGGAAGUCAGAGCACCACGAAGACUCCCAGUACAGAGGAAGAUCGUGAACAAAAGCAGAAUGAAACGGAACCAGGCAUACAGGAGACCAUACCUGCCAUCAGUCCAGCUCUGGCCUCCCCAGAGGCGCUAAAAGAGGAGUCAGGAACCUCUACUACAGUCAGUGUGGCCCUAGACACCCCACAAAAUUCUGAUUUGGCUCCCCUUGACCUCUCUCUAGGAGGAGCUAGCAGCCCCAAGCCUGAAAAAAGUACAUGUGGACUCAGUACAAAGUGUGGGGUUCCAGAAAAUCCAGUACCACGACCAAAUGGUUCUGAGCAGCAGACCCUGGCAUGGAAUGACCACCAGUCUGGGUUGGCAGGCUGCAUUUAUACUGAGCCACUGAAAGAAGCAGAGGCCUCAGAGUCCAAAGAGGACCAGGCAGGUAAAGCUGGGGCCCAGCAGAACCUGGCACCGAGAAGCAGGCCCCCCAGAGGAACUGGCCAAAGGGCAAGAGGCACAAGUAGAAGAACCAGGGCAGGAGGCCCUGGCCCUGCAGGAAGCUGCUGAGCAAAGCUCAUGGGAGUUGGGGAGCCAGGCUGUGGAGGAGAGAACUCAAUCAAGAACCUUCUGUGGGACAGGGGUCUGGCUGCUGGUGGCUUGUACCUUUGUGGUCGAGCAGUGUGGCAAAAUUCCGCAGGGACACCGCGUGAGGGCCUCCUAUGCACAUCUCUCUACGCAAGUGGGGUUUUACAUAUGGGCAAGGACCCUGGCACAUUUGCAUGCUGGGCUCUCUUGUCCAAGGAUGGGAUCCCUGGCCUGGGCCUACAGCUACCUAGGAUAGGGCCCUUCCCACAAAGCAAGAGUUGGUAGUACCCCAGAAUGUGGGUCUCCUGGCUCCUUGUCAUUCAACAUUGCCAGGUCUCCCCGCCCAGUCAGAGCUUUCGGGUUCCUCAGCUCUAUGUAGUCUCAGUGCUGGUGUGGCCAGCCCAGCCCCUUUCUGAUACCCAUGCCUUGCAUCCAGGUGACUCACAGUCCUGGCCUUCCAAGAUGGCCAAACUGGGAUUUCAACAAUUGCCCAAGGCCCAUAGAAAGUGGGUUGGGGCUCAUGGCUGUCAGGAACAAGUUUGGAGUGGGAGGCUUCUUGGGGGAAGGAAAGGAUCGGAGGGCUUCUUCUUUGAUCUGGGCUAGGCUUCUCUUGUCCGUGGCCACAGGAGAAGAGUUCACUGACAGGUACUGGGUCUGCCUCUUCUAUAUCCAGAUCAGACAUCGUGGGCGCCCUGAAUGGACCCUGCAGACAGGGCCAUUCCUGACCUUCCUUCCUUCCUUCCUUCCUUCCUUCCUUCCUUCCUUCCUUCCUUCCUUCCUUCCUUCCUUCCUUCCUUCCUUCUGCAUUUCCCCUCACCAGGGCUGUGCAGAAGCCAGCACAUAGGCGGAGACAGAGGAACAGCAACCUCAGCUCAGUACGACACCGGGAUGUGUUGUUCUCGCUCCAUCUCCAUCCAGGCCCCUCCCACGGGGCCCACGUCUGGUGAAUUAUCCAGACUCUGCACAAGCUGUGGCUUCCUUUCAAUACAACAAACAUUUCCUGAGCAUCUUCUCCCAGUGAUCCAGUCAGUGGGCGAGGGCGACUCUGCCAGCAGGAGGGAGGGAAGGAGCUCAGUCAUCGACAGCUCCAGGCUGAAUGGCAAGUGCUGUUCUCCUCUGUAGAUGCCUGGCAGUCUUGGGUAUGACGAGGGUAGCAGCCUGAGAGAGCCACCCCACCUUUGCUUCCCUCUUUUGAUAUGGCCUGUGCCCUUUGCUCCCAGGCCCUCAUCUGGAUAGCACCAUGCAGCUCUUCCCCUUUCUUCUCUACAGGGCGCGUGUGUGUGUGUGUGUGUGUGUGUGUGUGUGUGUGUGUGUGGUGGGGGUCUCACAACAAUCCUCUGAAACUCUAGGGAAAGCCCACACCAUCUCCAUCUUUACACGUGUGGCCUGAAACCUGGGCUCCAGUCUUGGCCUUCCUUCCUGGCUCGUGGGUCUAUUGCCUCUACUCAGGCAGCGUGAAUCUUCAAGCAGGUCAUAUUGUUUAGAGACUUCUCGCACUCCGUGUGCAGGUUGAACCCAGGGGGUCUGGGGGAAGGUCUGGGUGUUUGCUUCUCUAGUAAGUCCCAGGUGAGGGAGGCAUGGCUGCUCUUUUUGGCCUGAAGCACCCUUCGAGGAGUCGGGUUCUGGAGUGGAGUGUGUGAAGGAUUCAGGUUAGAGCGAAGUCUACACUCUAAGGCCGGUUGCUGGCUAUGCGGGAACUAGGGGAGUGCUGGCCCUGCAGAAGAGGCUUCCUAGCUUCUGAGGCUCCUGCAGAAGAGCCUUUGGGCAGUGGGUAACGGAGUCUGCUCUACAGGGGAUGGAAAGAAAGCUGGCUAGGGAGAGAUGUGACAGAAUGAAGCGGGCAGGAGGGUCAGCGGAAGUUUGGAGAGGCAGAAAAACAUUCUUGUACAUGUGAGACAUGCCUGGGCCAGAAUGAAGGAUCCAAAUUCAAGUUUUUAUCCUGCUUUCCAGUCUCAAGUCUAGGUCUUUGGAGUGUGACACGGGCCCUGGAGCUCAUGACUCCUAAGAGAUGGGACUGGAACAGAGCAGGUUCAGGCAGAGUUCUUGAAUUCAGAUACUGCAAAGAAAUGAUGGUGAUCAAGAAUUCGAAUUCUUGGCUAGGGGUGCAGGUUGGGAGAGUUCAUUCUCAGCAUACGUGAGGCCCUAGGUUCAAUCUCUAGGAUCCUCAAGACAGAGAGAGAGAGAGAGAGAGAGAGAGAGAGAGAGAGAGAGAGAGAGAGAGGGGAUUCACAAUUUGCCCCCCAUUGGAUGCUGCCAAUUGUACAAUGUGCUUCAUUAAACCACACAGAGCAGGACGUGUUUGAUCGCCGGCUGAGGAUGUAAACAUCUGGCAGGGUUCUAGCUCAGUCCUUACAAAGGGACCUAAGCAGGAGAAAGCUGGCAAGGAGGACUGAGGGCAUGGGGCUUUUCUUCAUGGGCAACAGCCAUUAAGUAGAUGACUGCGGGAAGCCGUCCUAGGGAUUGGAGAGAAUGGAAGCAACACAGGGCAUCUUCAUCACUGAAGCCGGCAGUGCCAGCAAUAACACCAAGCUUUCCCUGGGAAAGGGAAGCUCGUCUCCAAGAUAAGAUAAGAUAAGGGUGUCACCUCCCAGCUCUCUGGGUGUGGCCAGCCUGCUCUGUGACAGAGUCAACUCUGAGCAGAAGAAAUCCCUGUCAGUCAUUCCUCUUGAGGCCACAAAGAGCUCUUUGAGGUGACUCUUGCUGGUGGCUUUGUUGGAAGGUCUGACCCAGAGCUUUUCCUUAGGAAGCCCUCUUCUCUCCAAUGACCAGACAAGACUACUUUUCAAAAGUAGGAGUCUUCAUUAAACCCAGCUCUAGGGAACCAGAUGCAGGGCUGGAAGGAGCCAACCAGGAAGGUCCCCAGGGGGACCCUGGAGGGAGAGGACACAGAUCACCUGCAGAAACCUUGAAACAAAGAAGGCGGGAAGGAAACGGAGGUGAUGCUGUAAGAAAGGUGUGUGUUUUGAUCCCAGACCCUGUCCCUGUAGUAGAGCAGAACACACCUUGGAGUCUGAGAUUCUAAAUAUGAACCCUGGACCUCCCAUCCACCUUGGUCAACUUGAACCUCUAGAAGCCUCAGUUUCCCCAUUUGCACAAUGAGGCUUGCAGCAGGACCUCUAAGGGGUUGCUGAGAAAGCUGGCCGGGGAAGAGGAGCUGGCACACAGAAUGUUAAUAAACGAGGUGGACCUUUGAUACAAUGUCGAUGUCUGC